UGAAGUGUCGCAGGUGUUUAUUUUUAGCACAAAACCAAAACAAUGGACGACAGGCGGAACUCGUCUGCAGAUGAUGAGACACUGAUUUGUAUCGGGUGAUAGUGACGCUGAUUUGUGCAGUCAUUGAACGACAAGUGAAGGAAAACGUUGCCAACGUAGCGGAGAAAGGUUCUACGGUCGCAGUUUUUAGAUGACAGUAAAGAAAAUGAAGUGGGCCUACAAGGAGGAAACCCCGGCAGACCAGCGGUUCUCAGAAGCAUCCAAGAUUCGUGCCAAGUAUCCAGAGCGUAUUCCAGUCAUUGUCCAGAAAGCACCCAACUCACAAAUUCAAGACAUUGACAAGCGCAAGUUCUUGGUUCCUGCCGACAUCUCGGUGGCUCAAUUCAUGUGGAUCAUUCGAAAGCGGAUCCAACUGCCCUCCGAGAAAGCUGUGUUCCUGUUUGUAGGAAAGGUCUUGCCACAGUCAAGUGCAACAAUGAGUCAGAUCUACGAAGCACACAGAGACGAUGAUGGUUUUCUCUACGUAGCGUACAGCGGAGAGAACACGUUUGGCUCAUCAUGAAUCUAGACCAUGCCACGCAGCUGCCCAGCAAAAACAAAACUGUAAAUAGUCACCUGUUGAAAAUUCAAGUCGGGUCUGACAGACUCCGUAUUGGCCACCUGCUAAAAUUCUGGAGAUUUAUUUUAUAAGUCAUCUGAUCAAAUUCAUUUUCAAAACUUGUCAUUAAUUUUUCUCAGUACACGAGGUUCUCUUUGGUUUUUUAGCUAAGAGUAUUUUGACGGAUCAAACUAUAAACAAUAGGAAGGAUAAGCUAUACAGAAGAGAAGGAAAAAAACGACGUUCGCUUAGAAAUUCUUGCUUUAUCUGAAGUGCAUCACAGGAGAAAUUGAACAUCAGUCUGUAGACGUUGCCGGACACAACUCUGAGGUCAAGACACCCCUGUAUUUGCAUGUAGCAUUCUUUUACAACGAAGAAUAAAUAAUGAACUGCAGUGUUAUACAUAUGUGUACAGAAAGUCGACAGUUUCCUCUGAUGUAAAUGCUUGGUGAUGCACCAUAUUGUGGAUUGCCCCUGUUUAACAGCCAUUUAUUGCUUGCAUUUUGUCUUGCUUACUGUAUGGUUCCCUUACUAACUGCAGAUCAUGCUUACAUUAUCCCAUCCCAAAAUAUCACGAGAAGUAAUUCUGUUCUCACUAGUGACAGAUGCCAUUUUCAAGAAAACUGAAAUUUUUAUGAAAGCAGUCUAAAAGGAAAUUACCUUAUUUCACUGUGCCAAGUAUUACUGUGUGUUUUUCAGAAAGCAAGUUAAGUAGUUUGAUCACCAAUCAAGCACUAACUUACAGAAGCACUCACUGUGUGCAUGUCUUGAACAAGUAUUAACCCGUGUAUAUGACCAAAAGAAAGAAAAGCAACAACUGUACUUUACAUAUAAGCAAGCAUUUUGUGAGUAUAUAAAUUGAAAUCAGUACUUCAAAUUCUGAUUCUUAAACUGCCAGGGCCUUAAGCCAGGAGCGUCGCUAGACAAUUUGAAUGGGGGGGGGGGGGGUGACAACAUUUGCUAAUGACCAUCUGUGCUAAAAGGUAGACAGAAUCUUUCCCGGUCUCCCAGCAAUAUAAGCUGUGUACCAGUUUUAAACAAUGCAAAUCCUAUUUUGAAAUGUUUUUUUUUACCUUUUUUUUGCUGAGUAAACAAUCAGUGCUGUUCAAGUUGUACUCUGUAUAGUAUGCUUUAUAGUUUUAAAAAAAAUUCCAGAGGCUAGCAUUCCUUUAAAGUUAUAUUGUUAGAGAAAAUAAUUUGUUUAAAUAGUGGUGUCUGUAUGCUUUAACACUUACAUGUAUAUUUCAUUUCAUUUCAUUUCAGAAACAUUUAUUUCCACAUGAAUAAGCACUUUAGAAAACAAAACAAUUGUUACAUGAAAACUACUAAGUGGAGGCAUUACACAAGAAGCCGGAGCUUAUAAACGGAAUGCCUUAAACACAACAAAAAAUAUGAAACAAACAACUGGUGCCAUUGAUGAUGUAAACAAUUGUACAAACAUUUAUCUCAACGUCGAUUGUUUUUUUCAGAGGCUCAUUUUACUAAGUUUGUAUCUUUAUAGGAUGUAAUUUGUUUAUAUAUAUUAUGGAUGUUUGUACAAUUUUAGUUACAGCUUACCUUAUUUAUUCAGAUACCAGAGGUUUGGAUUUUAUGUUUGUGGGAUAAUGUUUGGGAAAUGUGAGCUUAAAUCAACAAGUAAAAGUUGUUAUUGAGUUCUGGUUUUAUUGGAGGAAGAAAUGUCCAUGCAAACAAACAAAGUUUUUUUUUAAACUUUUUUUGGGGGGGAGGAAGGGAAAGGGUUACUCAAAAGUUUUAUUUGAAGCAUCUGACAAAGAAAAUUCAAAUAUUUUCUUCAACUCAAAAUAGCUUUAUACUUGCAAAAUAGUUGUAAGAGGUAAGUGGGAAAUUGUAAUGUAAUUUGCAGACUAAGAAAAAUUUACAAUUUGUACAAAAUAAUGUGAAGAAUUAUUGCAUUUCAGCCAUCAUGCACACGUGAUUGCAGCGAUUAAAUUGAUAUGAAAUAAUAUCACAGUUUUGAA